AUGGAGGGCAUCCCGCCCUGCGACACCAUAUCUAUGCUCGGUUCGCCACACGCUCACCAUGUCAACCUCAACCCUAGAAAACGGAAGAGCCCAUUCUCGGACGGCUACGAAAUUACUAGCUGUGACGUGCCGCUGUCACAGCCUCCAGCGUCCGUGCAAGAACCGGCCAGUGCUACGCGAAAAAGAAAAUCCUCUACAUAUGGCGGGGGUAGUGCAUAUGACGACGAUGGCAGUGAAGACGCCCGGUCCAACCGGACCUUACCUGACAAAAAACAGAAUCACAGCGAGAUUGAAAAACGUCGACGAGAUAAGAUGAACACAUAUAUAUCUGAGUUGAGCGCGAUAGUGCCGAUGUGCGGUGCGAUGGCACGGAAGCUAGACAAACUAACAGUACUACGAAUGGCGGUACAGCAUCUUAGGUCCAUCCGUGGGGCUCUCUCUGCCGGCCCAUUGACAGUUAGACCCAGACCAUCCUUCCUAUCAGAGAAAGAGUUAAAUGCCCUAGUGCUACACGCAGCUAGAGACUGCUUUCUAAUGGUCGUGGGAUGCGACAGGGGGAGAUUGAUCUACGUUAGUGCGUCAGUUACCAAACUUCUACGUUAUGAUCAAACGGAACUUCUUGGGCAGAGCUUAUUCGACAUUUUACAUCCAAAAGACGUUGCUAAAGUGAAGGAACAACUGUCUUCGCCUGAUCUCAGCCCUCGGGAAAGAUUAAUAGAUGCUAAGACAAUGCUACCAGUAAAAACAGACGUGGUGACGGGUGCCUCAAAACUCUGUCCUGGGGCCCGACGUUCUUUCUUCUGUCGAAUAAAAUGUGGAAUGGAGACAGACCACAACGCAAAUAAUCAGAAUACAAGCGAAGUAAAGGAGGAAAAUGAUCCUAACGCUAAGAUUACUAAGAAGCAACCAAAUGAAAAGAAAUACUGUGUCGUACAAUGUACAGGUUAUCUCAAGUCCUGGACACCAACAGACGUGUCCGAAUCAAGCACAGGUAGUACAGACACCAGUCUAGAUGAUGGGGAUGUAUGCCACAUGUCUUGCCUGGUCGCAGUGGGACGGGCUUUAACCGACCUCGCCCCACAACCCUCCCCCACGACAUAUACGAGGCACUUACAGUACAUAUCUAGACAUGCGACUGAUGGAAAGUUUCUGUUUGUUGAUCAAAGAGUGACACUUGCCCUCGGUUUCCUUCCCCAAGAACUUCUAGGCACCAGUUUGUACGAGUAUGUGAGUGCGACUGAGUUAGGCACAGUGGCUCGAACUCACAAAGCAGCCCUCCUACGUAAGACGGCCUUGAAAACCCCGCCCUACUGUUUUAGACGCAAAGAUGGCUCUUAUGCGAGAAUGCAGACACAUUUCAAGCCUUUCAAAAAUCCAUGGACUAAGGACGUGGAAUGUCUGGUCGCCAACAACACAGUGGUGACAGAGGACCAGGCCCCUCCCCCAUUGGAUGAUUGUCACCAUUUCAGUAUGUUUAAACAAAAAUCUGACGUCGAAAUACAGAGAUUAAUCGAUUCACAAAUCGGAUCGCACAAAAUCGGCUCGACAAUAGCAGAAGAAGCACUAAGGAGGUCCCCGACGGAAUUCCCGGCGGAUUUGCCGACGGAUUUGUUGCAGGAUGCCGUAUUUAAUCAACAGACAUCCCUAGUUGACAAUCUCUUGGGGGUAGAAUUACCAAAUUAUAACAAUCAUGUACGAAACAACGUGCCACUAAGUUCGGCUGGAGGCGAAGAUUCCCCUCCACCGGAAACGAACGGGUUAUCACCAAAUAGUCCCCCACCGGCAUCCCCCCCACUUCCGCCUCUUGGUUUAGACGGUAAUGGUGAAGCAGCCAUGGCAGUUAUAAUGAGCUUAUUAGAAGCAGAUGCAGGACUUGGCGGUCCAGUCAAUUUCUCCGGGUUGCCUUGGCCAUUGCCU